ACCCGAUCCUUCCUCGCCUCCCCCGGUGUGGGCCGUCUUUGCGGAGCCUCAGUUUCCGCGUCUGUGACACGGGGGCCCCGGUGCUCCCUUCACGGGGCAGUAGUGAGCGGCAGGCGGAAGCACGCCCCGCUCGCAGCGCGGCCAGAGGGAGGCCCUGGCGAGAUUGGCGUUGACGGGGCUGCAGCUCACGGGAGGGACCCCGAAAGCGGAUCGGAAGCCGUUCCUGAAGGCAGCGGGUGUGGAGGUGGCGGGAUGAAGCGGAGGCUGGGCACACAGCGCAGGCGGCGUGGCGGGGAGACGCUGCCCUCUCCCCAAGGAGAGGCGCUUGGGCGCCUCGGGCUCAUUCCUUCAGCCGCUACCUCUGCAAACUUGCUCUAAGCAAGGAGCAGCAUUUAAUUCAUCAUCUCUAAAGCUUUGCCCUUAGCAAACAGUUCAGGGUUUUAUGUCGCUUUGAUCGUUUUGGAGUAGUGCAGUGUUCCCUGGACCACUUGGUUAAGGACUGAAACGUUUUAUUUAAGUCAUCCUUAAAACUGAAACCCAUAGCUAGUUUAAUUAGGAGUUGAACAGUCUCAGUGUUACUGAACUCAGACUCGGCUCCUCCCAGCUCAAAAGCCAAUACUCCAGAGACAAGUGUUGGUACAAAGGAAAGGUUGCUUUACUCAGAAGGCCAGCAACCGGGUAGAAGGUGGACUGGUGUCCCAGAACGCACUCCAAAGAUUCUGCUCAGCCGUGACAGUUUUUAAAGGGAAGAAGGGGAAAGAAUCUCAGAAUCGAGGCAGAAGGUCAAGCUCUGCGUCAUUUUCCAUUGGGUGUGGACUGGCUGACUCCUCAUGAGCUUUCUUCAGAUGUUAUCUUGCCUGCGUGAUCUCCUGCCGGAUUGCACAGGGAGAAGCUGGGGGUAGAGAGCUAGUCAUUCUUUAACUACUUAAUUUUUCAUUCCUACUUCUUUUAAUCUAGGGAAGGAAUCAAUAGGUUAAGCAAGGUAUUGUGUGCAUUCAGUAGAGCAUAUGUCAGGAGUUAGGUUAAGUGUUGCCUGGUGACCUCAUUUCUGUAAGGUUUGAGGCGAACAGAAAUGGGCAAACAGGAACGGGGCAAAGGAGCUGCUUACAGAUCCCCACUGUCUGACAUCAUUCCAUUUCUGUGGGAUUAGGGGCAAAGGCUCAUCUUCUGUAACUUCUUCAUGCUGACAUAGCGCACAGUAUUCUUAGAGUGGAAGAUGUCAACAUGAGUCUGUGGCAUCUCUUUGCUGACAAUUUUAGUUGCCUGCUUACUAAAAAUUGGGCAGAGCAAGCUACAAUUAUUUUGAUGCCCACAAAGAUAUAGAUUAUUAUGAGCAAUAACAUUAAUCUCAUUGUCUUGAGGCCAGUUUUUGGAAUCGUGUUAGCCACAGAUGGAGCAGCUUAAGUCAUGGCUACUGUCUGGUCAUCAUGCAUUUGGCUUUUUCUCUCUGGUGGCAGUUAUAGUAUCUGUAAAACAACUCAGGAGUGUACAUCAGACACUGAAAGAUUCUGUGACUCUCUUGUCCUAAUCGUUAGCUGCUUGAGCCUGCUCUUUUGUGACUCAGGGAGACCUGGGAAACUUCAGCUUUUCUACAAACAAGAGGCAGGGGACAUGGAGGGGCCUUUGUACAGGGGUGGGGAGUGUGCAGGUUUCUGCUCGGUUUCAUGGGAAGGUGUUCAGAAUGCCUCAGCUGCCCACCCAGCAUCUCCAUCCACAUACACUGCCAGUUGCCGCAUCAGCACCGUUCCUCAGGCCAUGGGCAGAGCUUUGCCAGGAAAGCCAUCAGCAGCUCAUCAGUGGUACUUGCAUACUCCCUCUCUGCUCAGUCCGAGUCUGGAUAUUUUCAGUUUCUGAUUGGGGGCACAGAGAGGUAGGAUUCUGGAGAGCUACCCCUGAUUUUCUGGUGGCUGUUCAAAGUCUCCAUUGGCAAAGCUGGCUCGUCCCCUCCCUUCCUUCUCAGAGAGCACAAGUAAGACAGAGGAGAUGUGUCCACCUGUCUCUAUGGGAGAGUAGUGAGGAGGUCUGUGGGUUUGAGUCUUGGCUCUGCCAUUCCCCAGCUGGCGGAGGGCAAGUGAUUUUUCUCUCUGCCUCCAUUUCCUUAUCUGUACUGACCUCGUAGGGUUGUUAUGAGGAUGUAUUUUCUACUCUUGCUUAACAAACUUUGCAGCUUAAAGCUUCAUCUGUUGGUUGUCUCAUGGUUAUGUGUCAGAAAUGCAGACUCAGCUGGGUUCUCUGCUCAGGGUCUCUCAAAGCUGAGAUCGACCUGUUGGCCAGCUUUGCUCUUAUCUGGAGGCUCUUGGGAAGAAUCUGCUUUCAAGCUUAUUCAGGUUGCUGGCAGGAUCCAGCUCUUUGCAGUGGUAGAACUAAGGUCCCCAUUUCGUUGCUGGCUAUGAGUCAGGACUGCCCUGUAUCUUACGGUUCUCACACUUGAGACUUUAAUUGUAUCUGCAAAACCCCUUCACAGCAGCACCUAGAAGAGUGUUUGAAUGACCAGAGACAGGAAUCUUGGAUGGCUGUCUUUAGAAUCCUGCCUGCCUGCCACCGAGGAUUAAAUGAGAAAUGUAUGGAGAACCCUCAGAACCAGGCCUGGCAUGUGGCAAGUGCCACACAAGCUUAACCAAGUGUUCCCAAGGGCUCCCUGCCACAGACCUGGCUCCGGGGCUGGACCCUGUGGACGGCAGGCACUGGUCCUCUAAGACGGCCCGUCUGGACCCUGCCCAGGAGGCUGCCAUGGCAUUCCCCCACCUGCAGCAGCCCAGCUUCCUACUGGCUAGCCUGAAAGCCGACUCUAUAAGUAAACCCUUUGCACAGCGGUGCCAAGACUUGGUUAAAGUCAUCGAGGACUUUCCAGCAAAGGAGCUGCAUGCCAUCUUCCCGUGGCUGGUUGAGAGCAUUUUUGGCAGCUUGGACGGCGUCCUGGCUGGGUGGAACCUCCGCUGCUUGCAGGGCCGCGUGAGCCCUGUGGAGUACAGUAUCGCCAUGGAAUUCCUAGACCCCGGGGGCCCAAUGAUGAAGUUGGUUUAUAAACUUCAAGCUGAAGACUAUAAAUUUGACUUUCCUGUCUCUUACCUGCCUGACCCUGUGAAGGCGUCCAUCCAGGAGCGCGUGCUCCCCGACAGCCCUCUGUACCACAACAAGGUCCAGCUCCCCGCAGCCGGGGGCCUUGGCCUGCACCUGGCCCUCAAUCCAUUCGAGUAUUACAUGUUCUUCUUUGCCUUGAGCCUCAUCACUCAAAAGCCGCCCCCCGGGGCCCUCCACAUCCGCACUUCAGACUGCGCCUACUUCAUCCUGGUGGACAGGUACCUGGCGUGGUUCCUGCCCACAGAAGGCAGCGUGCUACCCCCUCUCUCCUCCAGCCCGGGGGGGCCCAGCCCCUCACCGGCUCCCAGGACGCCAGCCGUGCCUUUUGCAUCCUACGGCCUGCACCACACCAGCCUCCUGAAGCGACACAUCUCCCAUCAGACGUCUGUGAAUGCAGACCCCACCUCCCACGAGAUCUGGAGGUCAGAGACGCUACUCCAGGUUUUUGUUGAAAUGUGGCUUCAUCAUUAUUCUUUGGAGAUGUACCAAAAAAUGCAGUCCCCUCACGCCAAGCUGGAGGUCCUGCACUACCGACUCAGUGUCUGCAGCGCCCUCCACAGCCCUGCCCAACCCAGCCUCCAGGCCCUCCACGCCCAUCAAGAGUCCUUCAUGCCCACCGAGGAGCAUGUGCUGGUGGUGCGGCUGCUGCUGAAGCACCUGCACGCCUUCGCCAACAGCCUGCGGCCCGAGCAGGCCUCGCCCUCUGCGCACUCCCACGCCGCCAGCCCCCUGGAGGAGUUCAAACGGGCCGCCGUCCCGAGGUUUGUCCAGCAGAAGCUCUACCUCUUUCUGCAGCACUGCUUUGGCCACUGGCCCCUGGACGCGUCGUUCAGAGCUGUCCUGGAGAUGUGGCUGAGCUACCUGCAGCCCUGGAGGUACGCGCCUGAGAAGCAGGCCCCGAGCAGCGACUGCCAGGCCCGGAGUGUGUCAGAGAGAUGGGCGCCCUUUGUGCAAGAGAACCUGCUUGUGUACACCAAGCUCUUCCUCGGCUUCCUGAGCCGCGCACUGCGCACGGACCUCGUCAGCCCCAAGAACGCACUCAUGGUGUUCCGCGUGGCCAAGGUCUUCGCGCAGCCAAACCUGGCUGAGAUGAUCCAGCGGGGCGAGCAGCUGUUUCUGGAGCCCGAGCUGGUCAUCCCCCACCGCCAGCACAGGCUCUUCACGGUGCCCACGUUCACUGGCAGCUUCCUGUCGUCAUGGCCACCAGCCAUCACCGACGCCUCCUUCAAGGUGAAGAGCCACGUGUACAGCCUGGAGGGCCAGGACUGCAAGUACACCCCAAUGUUCGGGCCCGAGAUCCGGGCACUGGUCUUGCGUCUGGCUCAGCUUAUCACACAGGCCAAGCAGACGGCCAAGUCCCUCUCUGACCAGUAUGGGGAGAGCACGGCCGCCCGUCCCUUCCUGUCGUGGCUGGGCUUCUACCCCGCAGACACCAAUGGCUCCUACCCGGGCAAUGACCUGGAUGAGAUGGGGCAGGACAGCGUCCGCAAGACGGACGAGUACCUGGAGAAGGCCCUGGAGUACCUGUGCCAAGUGUUCCGGCUCAGCGAGGCCCAGCUCGCCCAGCUCACACUUGCCCUGGGGACCACGCAGGAUGAGAACGGGAAGAAGCAGCUCCCAGACUGCAUCGUGGGGGAGGACGGACUCAUCCUCACACCCCUGGGCCGGUAUCAGAUCAUCAACGGGCUUCGGCGCUUUGACAUCGAGUACCAAGGAGACUCGGAGCUGCAGCCCAUCCGGAGCUACGAGAUUGCCAGCCUGGUCCGAGUGCUCUUCCGACUGUCCUCCGCCAUCAACCGCAGGUUCGCAGGUCAGAUGGCGGCCCUGUGUUCGCGGGCCGACUUCCUCGGCAGCUUCUGUCGCUACCACCUCCUGGAGCCUGGGCUGUCGGACAGGCGCCUGCUGAGCCCCGUGGGGCGGGGGCAUGCGGCCAGCCUUGCCCGGGGCCCCCGGCUCAGCCUGCGCUUCCUGGGCAGCUACCGGACGCUGCUGGCCCUGCUGCUGGCCUUCUUCGUGGCCUCUCUGUUCUGCAUCGGGCCCCUGCUCUGUGCCCUGCUCCUCGUGCUGGGCUAUGUCCUCUACGCCGUGGCCAUGACACUGCUAACGGAGCAGGGCAAGCUGCACCAGCUCUGACUGCAGGCCGGCCACCACCCCCAGGCACCAGGGAGGCCACUCUGCACCCAACACCUGUCACCUUCAUGCUUCCAGGGGGCGUUUUCUUGCAGCCCUGGAACCAUCUGAAGAGAACCUGAAAAGCGAGGGCAGGGCCAGGCAGAGAGGUAGCCACAAGGGGCGGGCAGCCUGCCGGCCCUGGGCCUCCCCGUUUCCUCAGCCAGAGGGCCUGCAGGGCGAUGCCUUUCUCUUCCUCAGCGUGUGAGGCUCAGGAGUUGGGCCUCCCCGGAUGGCCUGCGGCCUCUGCCUUUGCCGCCCUGGAGGUGGGCGGUGAGACCCCAACAUGGGAACCCAGCCUCUGGCUCCAGAGAAGAAUCAGGCCCUAAAAGAGAGCCCUAAGAAAAUUAGACAAUGGUUCUCUGUUUCAUGAUUUUAAACCUGAUUUUGCUGCCGCGUUUGGCAAAGUUAGGGCCACUGUAUUUUCCCAGUAGUUCCAAGUCUGGGCCAUAUGCCUGCUUUUGAGGAGAGACCCUCCGAGAACACAGAUGCCCCCAGGCCACAGAGCAGGUCAUCAGGGCUGUCACCACCUUGUUCCCUGUGGGUGGUCUACAACCAAAGAUGGUCAAAAGCAUCAUUUGUAUCUUCAGUCAAAUCAAGCGCUCAAAGACACUGAUUUUUUGGUAAGAUUUAAAUAUCCAAAGUAUAUGACAAAUGUGAGUUCACUGUCAGAAAUCCUCACAGCAUCUCACACGCGUUUCAUUCUACAGAUGACGCACCAGGGAGAACUUUUCAGCUGAGAUUUUUAAAAGCCUUAGUCUUUGGUGUAUUUUUUUAAGUUUUCAAACUGUAAGUAUUGGGCUUUGUAGUUUGAUGUAAACUCGGAGUAGUGGCAUUUGGGGCCUGUGACCAGUAACCAAACCAAACUUGUAGCCGACCAUGGAUCUGAAUAAACCUGUUCUCGGUCCUGA